AUGAAUGGCCACUCAACCUCUCACUCCAUGGACAGUCGCAAAAGGCUUACACCCAUUCCCGACGUCAGUAUCACUGGCAACCAUACGCCGUAUAGGGUACAAAAAGCAUUAGUAGAGAAUACAAUGGUACCAUGUAUCAACGCCAAGCCAUACCAAUACACGGAACUGCUGAUGACGCUCCCGGACCUGGCGAGUUAUUUCUUCCCGCGCGUGUCGCUCACCACCUGCCGCGCCAUGCUUGACGCGCUCGGUAUCACCCUCUAUAAACCUAACAAUACGCAGCUCCAGGUGCUGCGCAACUCGGGCAAGUGCAAGUACGCCGCGGCGGGCGAGAACGGCAUGGCGCUGGUGUCGAUUCGCGACGUGAUGGCGCACAUGCCGCAGUUCAAGUACAUGCUGCGCUCGGGCCACGCCGCCGACGAGCCGCCGCAGGCGCCGCCGCGUCCCGCGCACGCGCCGCCCCCCCCGCAGGCCAAGCGCGCGCGCGCCAACUGA